AUGUUGAUGUAAUUACCAAAAGAAGUUUUUGUAUGUUUUUAAAUCGAAUUAUUAGGCUUAAGAGCUUUAUUUUGAAAAUGAAAAUGUAUUUUAAUAUGAUAAAGUAUAUGCAAUAAAUAUAAAUGAUGAUUAAUUGAAUGAAACAGAUAUUGAAAAUUAUAAAAUCGAAAUACUAAAAGAGAUAAAAAUAGAAAAUGAGAAAUAAAUUGAUUUGAAUGGAAAUGAAAAAAUAUUUAGUUUUAAUUAGAAUACUUAUAAUAAUAAUAAUAAUAAUAAUAAUAAUAAUAGUAAUAAUAAUAAUAAUAUUGAUAUAAUUUUAUUAAAGAAUGGUAGUAUAGAAUGUUUAUAUGAAAUACAUAAUUACAUUUAAGAUGAUGAAAUAAUAAUAAAAUAAAAGGAUUGUUAAAUAUUGUUAAAUUAAUAAGAUUGCAUUAAACUAUAUAAAUUAGAUUAAUUCAUUUAUAUAAUUUAAUGUAAUUAUAAUUCAACUAAUACUAUUAUUUAAAUUCUUAAUUAAUCAUAAAUAUUUGAUCAAAUUAUUAUUCCAAUUCAAUCAAAUUGUUAAUCUGAUUCAAUUUUUAAUAAUAAUCAAACUUUAAUCAUAUUUAAUAAAUUAUGUUAAACUACACUAUUUUAUUCUAUUUCAAUAUCAAAUCUAUUAUUUUUAAAUCUUACUAAAUAUGAUUUAUUAGAUGAUUUUUCUUGUUAUGAUGUUCCUCAUAGUAUUUUAAUCAGUAUUUUAUUUUGUUCAAGUGAGUAGAUAUCAAUCAACUUUCACAAUAUUUUUGUCAUGUAUUUACUAAGUGAGAAGAAAAUGUACAUUCAACAUCGUUUUGAAAAUAACGCUAAAAUUUUUUAAAGGUUAUCUAAUUGUGAAUCUAUAGAAAAUUAUAUUGAAGAAAAUAUCACAAGUAAGUAACUGUUGAUAAGGAAAAAGUAAUUAAAUAUGAGUAGCUAAUUUUAUAUUUAAUCUUAUUUGAUUUAAUCUUUAUUAAUUUUGCAUAAUAAAGAAGAAUUAUUAUCCUUAACAGUAUUUUAAAGUAUAGAAAGGUUGGAAAUAUGUUAAAAAAAUUAAAAUAAAUUCUGCUUAAGUGCUUCCAUCGGCAAGCCUGGAUUUAAAAAGGUUUGAAAUCUUCACUGAAUAAAAUUUAAAAUUUUUACUUUAAUCUUCUAAAAUUACACAUCUUAUAUACAAAUUAAAUGAUACAAUUUGCAUCAAUCACAGAGAAUUAUAAAAAUCAAAUCCUUUUGAAAUACUGAUUGUUUAGUAGAAAUCAAAAAGUAUCAUUAAUUAAUAAAAUUCAAUUCUAAAUCUUUGCUAGACGCAAUUAAUUUCUCAAUAGAAAAUGUUUGUUAUUUAAGAAUAAGAUGUGGAAAAUCAUAUUAUAUUAAAAAUAGAAGAUGAUAUUUUAUCGAUAUAGGCUUGUGAAUAGAAUUAACUUAAACAUUCUAAUAAAAUAAAGAUUAAAACAGAUUACAUCAAUAUAUUUUCUUUCCCUAAUGUUUUGCAAAUUGUAAUUAUAUACAAUUAUCGAAUAAUUUUAAUACAAUUUAAAAAUUAAUAAAUUAUACAGAAAAUUCAGAAUUUAGAUCUUUAAAUUUUGAAUUGUGUUUAAAAUUUUGAUGUGAUAUAUAUCAUAUUUGAAGAUUGUAGAAAGGCCAUUAUGAAAAUGAAUUCAGAAAAAAUAUAGGUAUUGUUUUAAUAAACGUACCCUUUUGAUUGUAAGCUUAGUCUUUAGUUCAUAUUUAAUGAAGUCUUUAUUACAUAAAAUGAAAUUAUGAUUUCUUCAAAAAAGAACUUUAAAAGAAAACUGCUUAAUUUAGAAGGUAACAAAAAUAUCAUGACAAUUGUACUAUACCACUAUUUGAUAAUAGUCAGACAAGUAUAAAAUGAUUACUAAUUGAAAUUAUUUUGGAUGAUAGAAGAGUAAGCUAUUUUCUUGUAUAAUUUACCAACAUAUGAUUUCAAAAUCACACUUUCACUAGAAUAUUAAACCUAUGAAUCUUACCUAAUGUUAAAAGCAUUUAAAUAAAAUAUCAAUUAUCUAUUAAUUUAUGAUAUAACAAAAACAGCAAUAUUAUCUCUUAUUCGAAUUACAAAGAUUGAUAAAGAUGAAACAUUAUUUUUUAUAUUAUCCCCAAAUUAGAUCCUUUAUUAUUUUCAAGGCUAAUUUAUAAUUUAAAACAUAAGCUCUACUUGUUUCAAUUAUUUCAAUAAUUUUGUAAAUGUAAANAUAAUAAUAAUAAUAUUGAUAUAAUUUUAUUAAAGAAUGGUAGUAUAGAAUGUUUAUAUGA